AGAGCCAAGCAUCGUUGUUGCAUCUCCAGUUGGAAGAAGACCCUAUUUUGAUGUUUCAGGUAGUCCUUAGAAGAAAAAAAAUGCCCUAAGGUAACAUCAACAGAUGAACAGAGCGGUUAGCUAUCGGGCAACAUGGACAACUUCCUGCUAAAUGGAAAUGCCCAAAGAAGACAGACCAGCAAGAACAGGAAACCACGGAAAGGCAUCACCAGCUCGUGCCCAACUGCGCCUUCGAAUAAUUACAAAUUUAAGACUUCAGUGACUCCAAAUCCAGAGAGAAAAGGAUUUAAUUGUCAAGCCAAAAGAUUCCGGGAUGUCCAGGACGAAAACCCAGGCCCCGGCUCAUACGACAUCAUUCACCGAUCGCCCGAGUUCAAUAGCGUCUCGCUGUCAAAGAAAGGAACGGGUACUUUUCCUUCCUUGGGUGCCCGCAUCGCCAUCUACAAAGUCCCCCAAUUUCCUGCUGCCAACGCUUACAGCCUCCCAUCGGGCUUAAUUUCCAAGUGUGAUUUCAGCAACACCUAUUCCAGCAUGUUCCAGCUGCCCUUCUGUGCGAAAGUCCCCAAACUUCCCACUCCAGCUCCCAACCAGUACAACGCCUCUCUGUCUUACUGCAAGCAACAGAACAACGUCUGUGCCCGGGCCGUGUUUUUGUCCAAGACCCAGAGAGGAUUUAAGGCAGGUGCGGAUUGCUCUCCUGCCCCAGGUUCCUACAAGAUCAAUGAGUCGUUGGUGACGGAGUCGCCCAAGACCCUGAAAUCUAUUUUCCAAUCCAGAACGAGUCGGGAAUUCAAGGUGGCUUCCAUCGGCCCGGGGCCAGCGGCCUAUUGCCCCAACGGCCCCCUUCAAGCUCCGAGAAAGGCCCCUGGCCUGAGGAAGCACAGGCUGAAUUUCUCCGCUCCGGCCCUGGCUCUGCCACCCCAGCCCCCUCCGCCCGGGCCUGGCCAGUACGAGAUCGUGGACUUCUCCGGGCCCCCGAAGCAGGACAUCUCCAGCGCCGUUUUCGUCUCUGGCACCAGCCGCUGGGCAGGGCCUCCGGGCCAGGGCUCCGUCACCGGACCAGGCCCACUGAGGAAAUCGUCGCCCGAUCUUUGGGAUCCCAGGGCCUGCUGGAGCCGGAUGGGAACUCUAGGACCACUCUCCCGGGCGCCCGGGCCGGGAGGAUCCCACCAUCCCGGGGACCAAGGAUGGGGGCCGCUCAGCACCCCAGGCCAGAGAAGAUCGGGAUGCCGAAGACAAACCAGACCGAGGAAAUGUCCAAAUCUCCCGGCCAGGAGCCCAGACAGACCAAGAUUUCCCCGACCCCCUGGGACUCUCUACUAAUGGGAUGUGGGACCUGGAGCUGGCAGAAUUUGAAUCCAGUGGGACCUGAAGCUGGAAGGAUGCAGAGCAACGGGCCUUGGAGCCAGAGGGACCUAGAGCUAGCGGGACGCAGAGCCGACGGGAAGACGUUUUCUCUGCAGCCCCUGUCCCCGCACUUCGGCCUCGCCGUCACCCAACAGCAAAGCUGCCCGAUAUCGUUGACGGAUCACCCCAGUGCUAUAUCGCAGACGGUUGCGACAGGCCGAGACUGACCGGAGCCAAGGGUCGUAGUUCUGGGAGAGGCUUAUUGCAAUUACCCAGGUUAACUCCUCGGAAACCCAAGUGGGCUCAUACUUUCACAUGACCUCUGACCCUCCCGGACAGACUGCUCCAUCAUCCCCGUGACUAACCCUAAUCUUCAAAAGGUGUCGAGGCGCUCCAGGUUAAAUGUCAGAAACACUCGGGGCGCGCUUGUUAGCUGUGUUUUACACAGUCCUUAACGCACCUUAACACGGUGAUUUCUGCCACAGGAAGUAAACCGAUUCGAAACCAGCGGGGAACCAGCCCGGGGAAGUCUUUCCCCCUGGAGGGAGUUUAUCACAACCAGCCGGUCAGAGAAAACAUUCCUCCUCCAUCCCCUCUGCCUACAGCUCGAUGCAGCCUGGCGACCGGGGCCAACUCCUUAGGCUUUUCAGGUGAAAACCUGCCCUUCCGGCCUGCCAGACAGACCCCUCAGAUCUGAUCCGACUCCUGCCUUCUUCCUCAGCAUCCUGACACAGAUAUCAGAACUAAUUUCCUCAUUAAACCGAAUUUUCUAU